UCCACUAAGCUGUCAGGCGACAGUCAGUUACCUGAGUUCGGCUUGUGGUGGAGAAGGACCGCAGCAAGCAGAAACAAGGUUGUUGGAAACCACCAAAGUCAUGUCAGAGUUGAGUGGAAAGGUCCUGACCGUCCUGGGUCUGGUGGAUCCGGAGCAGCUGGGCCGCACCAUGACCCACGAACACCUGACCAUGAGCUUCGAGUGCUGCUACUUCCCUCCUCCUGCAGGCGACGAGUCCGUGGCAGAGAAGCCGUUCCAGAUGCAGCACAUGCACUGGCUAAGGCAGAACCCCUACAGCAGCCACGAGAACCUGCUGCUGCAGCAAGAGACCGGCGCCGUGCGGGACGAGCUGCUGACCUACAGGAAGGCCGGCGGGGGCACGAUAGUGGAGAACACCACCACGGGCAUCGACCGGGACCUGCCCACCCUCAAGCGGCUAGCCAAGGAAACUGGGGUUCACAUCAUUGCAGGAGCAGGGUACUAUGUGGACUGCACCCACACUGAGGCCACUAAGAGGAUGAGCGUGGAGAAGCUCACAGACAUCAUCGUCAGCGAGGUGCUUCACGGAGCAGACGCCACAGACAUCCGAUGUGGCGUGAUCGGAGAGAUCGGCACCUGCUGGCCCAUCACGGAGAGCGAGAGGAAGGUGCUGAGGGCCACAGCUCAUGCCCAGACCCAGCUCGGCUGCCCCGUCAUCAUCCAUCCCGGCAGGAAUCCCGCAGCUCCGGCUGAAGUCGUCCGGAUUCUUCAGGAGGCAGGUGGUGACAUCAGCAAAACUGUCAUGUCGCACCUGGACAGGACUAUAUUCGAUGAUGGCGAGCUGCUUGAGUUUGCAAAGCUGGGAAGUUAUCUGGAGUACGAUCUGUUUGGAGUAGAGAUGCUGCACUACCCGUAUAACCUGGAUGUGGACAUGCCCAGUGACAGCCAGAGAGUGAAGAUCUUGGCGUUUCUGGUGAAGGAGGGCUACGAGGACAAGAUAGUCGUCGCACACGACAUCCACACCAAGAAUCGUCUCACCAAGUAUGGCGGCCACGGCUACUCUCACAUCCUGAAGAACAUUGUGCCGAAGAUGCUGAUGAGAGGCAUCUCACAGCACCAGGUGGAUAAGAUCCUCAUCGACAACCCAAAACGCUGGCUGACCUUCAAGUAAAGCAGAAAGAGAGACCCAGAGGAAGCAUUUUGAUGAAUCAAUUAGAUGAUGAUGAACGCCCCACAAUGAAAGCUUUUGAGCUUUUUGCAAUAAUCACAGUCCAAGCUCAUUUAUAAACAUGCUUUUGGACGCUCAAACCAAUUAUUAUUAUCUUAGUAUUUGUGCAUCAAUUAACUGAAAAUUUCCGCAAAAUGUUUUGCAACUUUGUCUUUCCAAUGGAAAAAUAAUUACAGCUGUUGUUUUCAUCCAGCUGAAAGUUUUUAACAGAGGCCCUCAUUAAUUAAAACUUGAUUUUAUAUUUGUGAUUAUACAUUAUUCACUUUGUAAGCAAAUAAUACGAAGGAGCCUGGCAGGAUCAUGGCGCCUCUCAUUAG